AUGGUGGAGGCCCAGACAUGGACCACGCGGCGAAUGAGCAAUCCUCGCCUCGACAGUACGGAGCAGGUGCUCGACAUUCCGCCCACGCCGCCGGGGGAGCUCCGUAACAGCUUCGGAUCCAACGGCGGAAGCCUCUCGCCGACGCUCGUCACCGCCCUCAUCAUUGCCUCCUGGUACCUCUCCAACAUCGGUGUCCUCCUCCUCAACAAGUACCUCCUCAGCUUCUACGGUUAUCGUUUUCCCAUAUUCCUCACAAUGCUUCACAUGCUAUCCUGCGCCGCCUAUUCCUACGCCUCCAUCAACUUCCUCGAAAUCGUUCCCCUCCAAAACAUCCACUCCAAGAAGCAGUUCCUUAAGAUCCUCGCCCUCAGCGCCAUCUUCUGUUUCUCCGUCGUCUGUGGCAACACCUCGCUCCGCUACCUUCCCGUCUCCUUCAACCAAGCCAUCGGCGCAACGACGCCGUUUUUCACCGCCAUUUUCGCUUUCAUAAUCACCUGCAAAAAGGAAACCGCGGAGGUUUACCUCGCGCUUUUGCCCGUGGUGUUUGGGAUCGUGGUUGCCAGCAAUAGCGAGCCUUUGUUUCAUUUAUUUGGGUUUUUGGUGUGUGUCGGUUCAACUGCUGGUCGCGCUUUGAAGUCCGUGGUGCAGGGGAUUCUGUUGACCUCUGAAGCGGAGAAGCUACACUCCAUGAACUUGCUUCUCUACAUGGCUCCCUUGGCGGCGCUAAUACUGUUGCCGUUUACUCUCUACAUCGAAGGGAAUGUGUUGGCUUUAACUAUUGAGAAAGCAAGGGGAGACCCUUUUAUUUUGUUUUUGCUUAUAGGGAAUGCCACGGUAGCUUAUUUGGUGAACUUGACGAACUUUUUGGUGACGAAGCAUACCAGCGCGUUAACGCUUCAGGUGUUGGGGAAUGCGAAAGCGACGGUGGCGGCGGUGGUUUCGGUUUUGAUUUUCAGGAAUCCGGUGACGGUUAUGGGAAUGGCGGGGUUCGGAAUCACGAUCAUGGGGGUGGUGCUUUACAGCGAGGCCAAGAAGAGGUCCAAAGUUACGACUCAUUGA